GCGCUCGGUCUCGUUCCAUGGUGCCGUGCUUGGUAGCCGAUGCGAGCCAUUUUGAAAGUUAUUAUGUCGCGUCAUCCUCUCCGCACUUUUUCUUCUCACUCAGCUUCUUGUUUAAUUGUGUGUCCAUAUCUCUCUAGUUCAGGAAUCACGUAGACGACAUUGUAGCUUUCUGCUCUUGCUAUCAAAAUGCCGUCAAUGGCCCUCACAUUCCGCACUGCGCGCACCUUCUCGCGGAGCAGCACAAAGAUAUACUUGAACGUCGCGCGCAGCUUCAGCUCAUCCCUGCGCCGCAAUGAGAUCAACAAGGUUUUCUCCUCCGCAGAGGCCGCUAUCGAAGACAUGAAGUCUGACAGCACGCUUCUGGUCGGUGGGUUUGGUCUGUCCGGUGUGCCAGACACCCUCAUCAACCAAGUCAAAGCCAAGCCAUCCAUCACAGGUAUAACAGCUGUAUCAAACAAUGCCGGUAUCGUCGGAGGAGGUCUCGGACUACUUCUCGCGAGCAAGCAGAUCAAGAAGAUGGUCGCGUCGUACGUGGGAGAGAACAAGCUGCUCGAGCAGAUGUACCUCUCUGGAGAGCUCGAGUUGGAACUCACACCACAAGGCACAUUGGCUGAAAGGUGUCGUGCCGGCGGUGCUGGCAUUCCCGCUUUUUACACACCCGCUGCAAUGGGCACAGUCGUCCAGACCGGCGAGCUUGCAAUUCGACACAACAAGGACGGCUCAGUAGCUCAGUACUCCACACCCCGCGACGUCAAGGUCUUUGCAGGAAAGAGCUACAUCAUGGAAGAAUCGAUCAAGGGCGACUACGCUUUCAUCAAGGCCUACAAGGCCGACCGUCUAGGAAACAUCCAGUUCCGUUUCGCCGCACAGAACUUCAACGGUGCCAUGGCACGCAACGCAAAGGUCACAAUCGUCGAGGCCGAGAACAUCGUCGAGCCUGGGGAGAUCCCACCUAACGCUGUCCACGUUCCGGGUAUCUACGUCGACCGUGUCGUCCAGUCGACAACGCCCAAGGGUAUCGAGAAGGUUGUUAACGCCAAAGACCCCAAGGACGCGGUCAGCGCGCUCGGCAAGGGAGACACAGCGAGCAAACGCGAGCGCAUUGUGCGCCGAGCUGCGAAGGAGUUCAAGAACGGCAUGUACGCGAACCUCGGAAUCGGAAUGCCUAUGUUGGCACCUUCAUUUGUCGACUCAUCAGUCGAGGUCCAACUCCAGUCUGAGAACGGCAUUUUGGGUCUUGGGCCAUACCCACAGAAGGGUCUGGAGGAUCCUGAUCUCAUCAACGCGGGCAAAGAGACUGUCACAUUACUGCCGGGUGCGUCCUGCUUUGGCUCUGAGGAGUCGUUUGGCAUGAUCCGUGCUGGAAGGAUCAACCUUACUAUCUUGGGUGCCAUGCAGGUAUCCGCACGAGGAGAUUUGGCAAACUGGAUGUUGCCAGGAAAGGUGAAGGGCUUUGGUGGCGCCAUGGACUUGGUGUCGAACCCAGCACUGACAAAGGUCGUUGUCACCAUGGAGCACACGGAUAAGAAGGGCACACCCAAGAUUCUCAAGCAGUGCGAGUUCCCAUUGACCGGCAAGGCUUGCGUCAGCAGAAUCAUCACAGACCUUUGCGUUUUCGACGUCGAUUUCACAGAAGGCUUGACACUUAUUGAGCUCGCGGACGGCGUCACAGUUGACGAAGUACGAUCCAAGACGGGCGCUCCAUUCAAGGAGGCAGCUGAGAUCAAGCCUAUGUUGUAGAGUUUUCACGAGCGACGCGUUAUUUGUAUCUAUUUGUAAAGCCGUCUAUAUCGGGGUCUGGAGUUCAAAACCAACUUGAGUUGGGUAGCUGUAGUGUUCAAAUGGGAAUACAGAGGAAAGGCGGGAAUAUUUGUUAAGAAGCAUCAUUCUGUGGUAAUGAGCUAAGUGACCAAUGAUAGAUACGAGAGUUCCACUUUUCGCUAGCCAAU